GAUAAUCGAUUAUAAGUGAGUUGAGAAACAAAAUGGCAGAAACUCUUUAAAUAAAAUGUAACGAUUAACAUCAAUAAACUCAAAAAUGCCGAAGUAUAAUAAUUAGCGAAAAUUAAAUGUGUUAAUAAAAUAAGUAGAUAAUUGGACAAUUAAAUAGUAAUGUUAAAUAUAAUUGGAAUAAAAAAUGGCGCAACCAAUGGUGAUUGGUCAACUCCAUUAGAGUGCGUGUCUUGUGUGUUAAAAGAGGAAAAUCGACAUUAGAGUAGUCUGGCUGGACUGUAGGUAUAGGGAGCAGCGGCAGCAUUGCUCUGCUUUGCUCCAAUACACGACACGGGUCGGUCGACCAAGAAUAGCCGUCAGCCAAGCGGCGAAUCGAAAGAAAAAGAGUGAAGAGACUAAGGUGCCGUGCUAAGAAGUAGCUAGGAAGUGUAAGAACACGCGAAUUGAGCUGUCGAGUCAAUCUAGGUAAGACGGCGGGCCCCUCCCACCAUACACUAUCGGUCAUCAGGAUUUUUGAAGACGGUCUUCAAGAUCUUCAAGUAAACUAUCAGUUAGUGAUUAACAAGGUAUAUAUGGGGUUAUCAAGAUUUAUUUGUGAUCUAGGAUUGAUACUUGGGAGUAUUGCGAGGUGUUGUUCUGUUUGAUGUGUGAUUACACGUUACCAAGUUUCAAGUGUAAUUUACGGAGGUCAAAAGUGUAUGAGUGAUAAAGAUAAAUAAAACGAAAGCACAGAGUCUAAGAGGUGUUCAAUAGUGGUCAUUUAUAUUGUUUCCAAGGCAUCACUUUAUCAAUUAAUCUACGAUGUCUCUUGAGACACGAUCAACAUCGGCACUCUUCAAGAGAGCUGAACAACUCAAACGUUGGGAGCAAUCUGAGACCAAUAGAGAACCGGCCCAACCGAGACAAGUCGCGCGAAAGAUCAAGUUCUCGGCCGAUUGCGUAUUUCUUGCGGCAUGUGCAGCAGGCGACAAGGAAGAAGUUGUACGAUUGCUUCAAAAAGGGGCGGACAUCAACACUGGCAAUGUCGAUGGCCUCACAGCACUUCACCAGGCAUGUAUAGAUGAUGAUUUGGACAUGGUAGAAUUUUUAGUUGAACAAGGAGCUGAUAUAAAUCGUGGAGAUAAUGAGGGUUGGACUCCACUACAUGCAACAGCAUCUUGUGGAUUCAUAUCAAUUGCUAAGUACUUAAUUGAGCAAGGUUGUAAUUUAGCUGCUGUAAAUAAUGAUGGUGAACUUGCCCUUGACAUUGCAGAAAGCGAUGAGAUGGAAGAUUUACUUCAACAACAUAUCAAUAAAGCUGGUAUUGAUUGUGCAAAAGCAAGAAGUGAAGAAGAACAAUCAAUGCUGAAUGAUGCCAAAGCUUGGCGAUCUGGUGCUCCAGGUAAAGAUGCAGUACAUCCACGUUCAGGUGCUACUGCUCUUCAUGUAGCUGCUGCUAAAGGAUAUAUAAAAGUUAUGCACAUUUUAUUACAAGCUCGGUGCGAUGUUAAUGCUCAGGAUUAUGACGGUUGGACGCCGUUGCAUGGUGCAGCACACUGGGGUCAAUUAGAUGCUUGUAAACUUCUUGUUGAAAAUUAUUGUGAUAUGGAUAUAAAAAACUUCGCUGGUCAAACAGCAUUUGAUAUAGCUGAUAGCGAUAUCCUUAAGAGUUUAGAAGAGUUGAAGAAAAAACAACAAACAAUGUUGAAAGAUAAUCCACAAUUAAAUAAUCAAAAACAACUUCCAAUACCAAAGAAAAGAGUAUCACCAACUAUUGAAAAUACUGUUGUGCCUCAUGAAUUAAUGGAACCGUUUGAAGAAGAAACACCAAACAAAGUGAUUAAAGUUGAAUUAGAAAUCCAAUCAGAUAAAGAUGAGACAAGUGCUGAUACAAAUAGUGAUAUUGAAAGUGGAGAAGAAUCAGAUUCAGAUGGGGAGAGUGAAGGUGAGGGUGACUCUGAGAAUAGCUCAGACUCACAAACUUCCUCGAGUUCCAAACAUUCGAAUCAAUCAAAUCAAUUUGUAGGUGUAACGGAUGACGAGAAAAAAAAUAGAGCAAAUAAAGAUGAUAAUGGAUCAAUUCCUACAGUGACGACACCGGAAAUAAAUAAGGUUCCUAAUCAAGCACCAAUUUUACCACCGAAACAACAGACUGAAAAUACUGAAGAAGGUACAAUACCGUCCUGGCGUCGUUCAGGAUCUUUUAGAAAGAUCCAAGAGACUGAGCCUGCAAAUUCAAUAACAACUAAUAAAGAAAUCAAAGAUGAUAAGGAGAAGCCUGUAGUAAAGUCGCCAAUAAUUCCUACUAAAGUCAAUCAGAAUGCAGAACCAGAAGUUGUCUUACGAAGAACUCAUAGCUUUGAGACGGAUGAAAAGUUCUAUGAGCAGUACCUGGCACUGCGAGCUCGCAUCAAGGCAUCUUCCUGCCCUACACUCCAUCGUUGUAAUCCAGCUACUCCCACCCACACCAACGCUACGACCGCUCGGUCUGCAUCUUUACGCGAGACUCACAGAAGAAAAGAAGUUAAACUAAAUUUGGAACUGUCUCGAGUACCUCAAGAGAGCAAUUCUACAUCUCUAACAUCUCUCACCAACAAAUACUUAUCAUCACCAGUCUUAACAACAUCUACUACUAGUUCUACACCAACUAGCUCUACUUCUACUGCCACAACAACUACCACAAGUCCAGUCCCAGGCACUCAAAUUCGUAGCACUCAACCGGUGGAGGCGAACUCUGCAAACAUAUCUCCCUCGCAUAAUUCAUCGACGACUACUUCAGCUCCCAGUACUCCUGCAAGCAAACUCAGUCCUGGGAAUAUCUUCAAAAAUUUCUUCAAAUCUUUUGUGCCACCUGUUCGUGAUGAAGAAAGUGAAACUCAGAGAAAAGCUCACGCAAAGAGAGUUCGUGAAACAAGACGUUCGACACAAGGAGUUACUUUGGACGAAAUAAAAAGUGCCGAACAAUUAGUAAAAAAGAAACAACAACAAAAUAAUGACUCCACAACCUCCUCAUCUUCAUCUUCAUCACCGCCUGCAGCUUCUGUUGGUCACUCAGCCUCAAUCAUAGCUACGAUAACAACAGCUACUCCUACAACCGUCACUACAAAUAAACUUCCCGAGGAAACUAAUUUACCCGAAAGACGGCCGUCUUGGAGGCUUAGAGUAGAUAAUGGAAGCAAGUUUCAGCUAGAAGAUGCCAAUAAUAAAUCAUCAGACACUACGACUGCUUACAUUAGAAGGCCUCCUGGUGGUACUGGAGUUCCAAGACCAAGUUCAGCACCUGUAGAAUCGAUAGCAACAAGCACUGCUGAUGCAACAGUCACUUUACCUUUAAGACGAUCAGUCAAAUCAACAGAAGAUAAAGAGCAAGACAAGGAGAAUGAUAGUAGAAACGCCCAAGCAACUCAAGCAGUUAUUCAAAGGAGACGAAGGCCGAAAAGAAGAUCAACAGGAGUAGUUCACGUUGAUAUGGAUGAAAUUGAUCCAGAGAAACAAGACUCGUCAACUGGUGGUGAUUAUGAAGAAGUCAAGAGCAAUCACAGUGAAGGGGCUCAAGCAAAGCCUACUACGGCUGCUGGCUUACGUGCUCAAGCAUCUGCCAAUGGUAGUUCCAUAUUUGGCAAUAGACCAAGAAGUAUCGCAGGAUUAUUUGCUACAAAUCAAAGUGGGUUCACUAAUUAUCUUGGAAUUAAUUCACCAAAUUCUUAUACUCCACCAACUCUCAGUAAAUCAUCAAAAAAAUCAUACCUGAAAAAUCCGUAUACAAAUUCAAUAAAUAAUUUAAAUUAUCCAAGUUCUUAUACUACUUACGGUGGAACUGCAUCAGGAUAUGGAAGUUUAACUUUGCCUUCUUCACAUUCUACUAUUAGUUCGUUAAAUCUUGCUGUUCCUUCAACUAGUUCUUUUAAAAGUUAUUCCAAUCGUAAUGGAAAUAAUUCAACUGUCAAUAAUCGAAGAUCUCUGAAGAAAACUGAAAGUUUUGAUAGACCGAAAAAGUCUCGUAAUUAUCAGUCUAAAAGCUCAAGUUUACAGAGUUUAGUUGAUUCUGAGGGAUAUGUUAGUGGAAAUGAACGUUCUGGUCGAUCAAGUAGACUUGGUUCAGUAUCAUCAAUUUCAUCAGAAACAUUAACUACUCCAAGCAGAACAAAAUCAAGUACAGAAAAUGGUGAAGUUGAUUAUAAAAAAUUAUGGGAAGAAUCUCAAGCAGAAAAUGAAAGGCUUAAAGAAAAAUUACGACGUUCAGAUGAACAAUUAAAAGAAGCAAGAAGUUCGUUAGAAAAAAUUCAAACUCUACAAAAUAAGACAACUCUUUCUGAAGCUGAAAAAAGAGAAAGGAGAGCUAUGGAACGAAAACUUUCAGAAAUGGAAGAAGAAUUAAAGAUUAUGGAGCAGUUAAAAUGUGAAAACCAGAGGCUAAAAGAUGAGAAUGGAGCUUUAAUUCGAGUUAUAAGUAAACUCUCGAAAUGAUUUGGAUGAAGUAAUAUUUUGAAAAUGAUAAUGAAGAAAAGUUUCAAGAGCAUUAAUUGUUAAAUUGUAUUAUUAUUGCUUUAUGAUGAAAUAUUUAAUUAUUCAACAAUAUAAAUAAUACGUUGAUCAUUUUAUACCAUUAUGAACGAAAUAAUCUUUUGUGGUGAUUAUUUAAUUUAUUAUCUAUUUGAAUAUUGAAUCAGUUACUCGUGUGGCUAUGCCAAAUGCAUCAAACGUAGGCUCAUUAAUUAUUGUUGAUCACCAAAAUGUUUUUAAAAUAUUGUAAAAAAAAAAGCCUAUCAUAAUUCAGUCACUAGAAAAUUUGAAAACUUUAAUGAAUUUUAUAUUAAUUCUAUAAAUGAAAUUUGACAUUUUUAAAAUCACGAUCUUAAUGAUCGAAAGUUUGAUAUUAAUGUUGAUAAUUUGUAAAGACUCUGUGUAAUUAUGUAGAUAAUAUUUUUUUCAAAGACUUGGAGAUUAAAAUUUUUUGUCAGUGUUGCUAUAGCAACAUGUUUUUUAUUAAUACAAGAGACUCAUAAAGUUUACAUUUAUACGAAUAAACAAUUAUUUUUAAUAAAAAAAACAAUACGAUUGUUUGACAGAACAAUUAUUUCAUCGAAAAUUCUGUCAUAAUAUUUUUUAUUCAAUGAAUUUCCAAUUAUUUGUUGUAAUAAAAAAGACAAAUUUUUGGUAUUUAUUUCUUAAAAAAAAAUGAAUAAAAAAUACAUUAUUUGAAAUUUGUUAGAGAGGAAAGAAAUUAAUAAUAAUAAUAAUUUUCCGUGUAUUUGUAUUUUUCUAUUGAAAAUAUUUGUUUUCAGUCGAACAGAAUUGAUAUAGAUAUUCACAAAAAUGUAUUAUUGGCAUCAAAAAAUAUUGUGAUUUUUUGUAAUGCAUUAACUAGGCCAUAAUAAGCCGAUGAAUAACAUAUUAAUGUAAUUUUUUUAAACGUAAUAUAUUUAAUAUUGAAUUUAAAAUAAAGAAAAAUUAUUAUUUAACGAAACUAAAUGAUAAAUAAAAAAUAUGAAUGACAUAUGGAGAACUUAUUAGAUAAAUAUAGAUCUCUAUUACUUGAGUGGCCUUUGUAAAAAAGAAGACUGUAAUUUAUAAAUUAAUUAUAUCAUUGCCACUAAAACGAAACUAAUAUUAAAAAAUUUAUUUGUAACUAAAUAUAUGACGUACGAGACAAUAUUGAAUGUGCAUUUUCAACAAUCGCCAAUUUUUCUAAAUUAUUUCCCUCAAUAAUUAAUUUAAAAGUGACAAAUAGAAAUAUUUACAUGACAAAUUAUGCCUACUAAAAUACAAUGUUUUGUGAAAUUCAUUUUUCUACUUUAUUUAUUACAUAAAGACAAAAUUAAUACAAAUAAAAACUUUAUAAAAUAAUUUACAUUGUCUAAUAUAUUGAAUUUUCUAAGCAGAAUUCGUUGUCACGUAACGUCGGAAAAAUUUUAUAAAAAUGUUAAAAUAUCAAGUCAGCAUAAUAAUUAUUCAAGGAGAUUUAAUGAAAAUUAAUAAUAUGAAAUGCAAAAAAAUAUGUGAAAAUAAGUCACACAACAGACAUAAAAAUAGAUCUUAAUAAUCUAUAGAUUAUAAAAAAAACUUGUAUGGAAUUGCGUAAAUAUAGUGACAUUAAUGUGCUUAUUGUAUUAUAUAGUAUUAAGUGUGUUCAGUCGAGAUUUAUUGAAGCGCAUAAAUAUCUGUUAAUGUACAGCUGUUUGCUAGAUUUACUGUUUCAUAGCAUAUUGUAUUUGCACACCAGUUGAUCUAUAUCAAAUAGCUUAAUCAUUCAUUUUCUCAAAAAUUAACGAUUGAUAGAUGAUAAAAUCAUUUAUCGUGAAUAUCAUAAAGAGAUAGAAAAAUAAUAAUAUAUCUGAAGAAAAAAAAAAUUAUGCAUCAUACAUUAACAUAUAAAUCAAUUGAACUCAAUAUUCGACGUGUGAAAAUGAAUAUCUGCAAUUCAUAAGUAUGAAUUAAAUGGUGGAAAGUAAUGACGCAAUAAUUUACAAUUACGGCGAUUAAUUAUUAAAAGUGUAAAA